ACAAACCUCACCUGCACUGAGGAAAUCAUCUCUAUCUAUCUAUCUCUGUCUCCCCCUCUUUUGUGUUCUCCCUGUUCCCUCUCAUUUUUGUGGAAUUGUGCGCUACUUGCUGUUCUUCGGGGAUGGAGCGUCUCUGGGACUGUGUUUCCUCCGCUGUGAUGUUUGUUCUCGGGCUGCUGUCGGUGCUAAACGGAGUUGGGAGUUUUAACCUUUACGCUGAGCAUCCCUCGGUUUACAAGGGACCCGGUGGAAGUUAUUUUGGCUAUUCUGUGGACUUCUACCAAGCUUCCUCCGACAGCAACACAAUCAGUGUGUUGGUUGGGGCUCCCAAGGCAAACACCUCUCAGCCUGGUAUAGUGGAGGCUGGGGCCGUCUACUACUGCCCCUGGCCUGGACAUCCAGACAGCUGCCGACAGAUACCUUUUGAUGGUUCCAAUAACAGAAUGAUAAAGGUAAACGGCACCAGGGAGCCUCUAGAGUUUAAGUCUCACCAGUGGUUUGGAGCGUCUGUCAGGACACACAAAGGAAAAGUGGUGGCUUGUGCUCCUCUCUACCAUUGGAGGACAGUGAAGCUGAGUGGGGAGCAGGACCCAGUGGGAACCUGCUAUGUGGCCGUCCAGAACUUCAGCGCCUACGCAGAGUACUCACCUUGCAGGACCAAUGAUCCAGACCCAGAAGGACAGGGGUUCUGCCAGGCUGGCUUCAGUGUGGAUUUCACCAAGGAAGGAAUGCUGGUGGUAGGAGGACCUGGGAGCUUUUACUGGCAAGGUCAGGUAAUGACAGCAGGGAUAGCCGAGAUACUGAACGGCUACUCUCUGAAGGCAGUGCUGAGACGGGUUCCAGGAGAGAAACACACUCGAGCUGCUGAAGACACACACGACGACAGCUACCUCGGCUACUCUGUGGCAGUGGGGGAGUUUACAGGAGACUCUGAACAAGAGGUAAUAGCCGGAGUCCCAAGAGGAGCACAGAACUUUGGAUAUGUUGUCAUAAUCAACUCCACCAAUCUGACCUUCAUCCAGAACUUCACAGGGGAACAGAUGGCCUCCUAUUUUGGUUACUCAGUGGCUGUCACUGACCUGAAUGGAGAUGGGACCGACGAUGUGCUGGUUGGGGCGCCCCUCUACAUGGAGAGGGAGAUGGAGAGCAAACCCAGAGAAGUGGGGAGGGUGUACCUGUAUCUACAGUUGGCCCCGCUCACUUUCUCCAAACCUGUUCCCCUCACCGGCAUGCACACCUUUGGGCGAUUUGGCACGGCUAUAGCACCGCUGGGAGACGUCAACCAGGAUGGAUUCAAUGACGUGGCAGUGGGCUGUCCGUUCGGAGGAGAGGACCGUGGAGGCAGAGUAUUGAUCUUCAACGGCAACAGAGACGUAGCCAUGCAAGGCCUGACGCUGAGCCAAGAGCUGAGAGCGGCCGGGACCCCCAGUGGCAGUUUGCCUGGAUAUGGUUUCACUCUGAGAGGAGGCCAGGACCUGGACAACAAUCAGUAUCCUGAUCUGAUCGUGGGGGCGUUUGGCGCAGGGGAGGUGUCAGUGUACAGGUCUCGAGCUGUGGUGUCUGUUGAAGCUGAAAUGAUCUUGACUCCCAGAAUCCUGAACCCCGAUGACCGACAGUGUCACCUGCCUGAAACCGAUUUGUUGGUUACCUGUCUGAAGGUGGCCGUGUGUGCAGCAGUGAGCGGAGUGGGGAUCCCCAGCUCUGUAGACCUGAGAGCAGAACUGCAGCUGGACUGGUUGAAAGGCAACAGAGGCGGAGUCAAGAGAGUUUUGUUCCUGGACACGCAGCAGCCUCAGCGCACAGGGCUCCUGAAAUUGGGACACAGUCGUCCACGUUCAUGCCUGAGCUACACCAUCUACCUGAGAGAGGAGGAGGAUUUCAGGGACAAAUUGACUCCAAUUUCACUGGCUCUGAACUACAGCUUGGCUCCACCAUCUCAUGGCCAAAACCUCCCACCUGUCCUCAACCAUUACAGCAGCACCUUCCUUCAAGAGCAUGCUUACAUUCUCCUGGACUGCGGUGACGACAAUAUUUGUGUCCCCGACCUCCAACUCUCUGCCAGCAUGGACCGCUCUGAGCUGGUGAUUGGAGACGACAAUCUGGUCAUGUUGACCAUCACUGCAGUGAACCAAGGAGAGGGAGCCUAUGAGACAGAGCUCCACACGCUGAUACCACCAGAGGCCGACUAUAUUGGAGUGGAGCGUAGAGUGGAGUCCCUGUCUCAGCUGAACUGCGAGUACAAGAUGGUCAAUGAGUCGAGAAUGGUGGUGUGUGACCUCGGGAACCCAAUGGUGGCUGGGACAGAGCUGUCUGUUGGUUUGAGGUUUUCUGUCCAAAGGCUUGAUGAUGCCGGACCCAAGAUCAGCUUCAAGCUACAGAUCCAAAGUUCCAACAAAGACAACUCUAACAGCAACCCAGUAAUUUUAAAUCUGUCCAUUGCUGCCAGGGCUCAACUUGAUUUACGCGGGGUAUCUCAUCCCUCGCAGGUGGUGCUGCCAUUCCCACGCUGGGAGCCCAAAGACAAGCCUGUCAAAGAGGAAGAUGUGGGACCGCAAGUAACACACAUCUAUGAGCUCCAUAACUCUGGUCCCAGCAGUAUUCAGGACGCGGAGCUUCAGGUCGGCUGGCCUUCCCGUUUCCGGGACGAGAACCUGCUGUAUGCCAUGGAGAUUAAAACUGACGGACCAAUUAGCUGCCGGACGAACACCAGCCUCAACCCACUUGGCCUUCAGAUUACCUCUCUCCAGGACACACCUGAGCUGUUAGGUUUCUUGAGGAACACCAGCGCUCCCCCUCACCGUCACAAACGAGCCGUCACUGCGGCUGAGAGUUACAGCGGUAAAACCUUGAACUGCACAAACAUCUCCUGUCUGAAGAUCAUAUGUGUUGUUGGCCGGUUGGAUCGUGGGCAGAGCGCCGUGGUCAAGGUCCGCUCGAGACUCUGGGCUUAUACUUUCCUGCAGCGGCGUAACGACCCCUACAUCCUCAACGCUACUGUGUCCUUUGUAGUGACAGCCAUGCCCUACCGCAUCCAACCCUCCAACCUGCCUCAACACACCACCUCAAUGGGGACCCUGGUGCUGUGGGGGACUCCUGAUGUCUCUUUUGCUGUUCCCCUCUGGGUCAUCAUCCUGGCCAUACUGCUGGGGCUGCUGGUGCUUGCCAUGCUAACGUUAGCAAUGUGGAAGUGUGGUUUCUUUGACCGGGCGCGGCCCCCGGCUGACGAUGAUGUCUCCGACCAGGAGCAGCUGACGUCUGAUCAAACAGGGGACGCAUAAGAAGACGCGUGACAGCCUUCUAUUAAAAGACUGUGGUUUGGGAGGGAUGUGCACCUUCUGAGUAAUUUAAAUCAGAUCUGAGAUCUGUAUUAGUCGGACCUUAAUUUCAUUCGUUGGAGGUCCUCUUCCUCUAUGGUAAUGAAACUGACAGUCUGAAGAGCUCAGCGCCACACAGGCUGGGACCAGAGAACGAAGUUCAAACCAGACCGAGCGGGACCAAAACACACUCAACAGGCCCAAUCACACACACAUGUCCAUUAUUUAUCUAUUGUGAUGAAGCACCAGAACUGGCGUCAGGAUGGACUUGUUGUGAAGACAAUGCUUUAAAUGUUUCUGAACAUUUCUGUGUGUGUGUGUGUGUGUGUGUGUGUGUGUGUGUGUGUGUGUGUGUGUGUGUGUGUGUGUGUGUGUGUGUGUGUGUGUGUGUGUGUGUGUGUGUGUGUGUGUGUGUGUGUGUGUGUGUGUGUGAGUGCGUGCGUGCGUGCGUGCGUGCGUGCGUGCGUGGGCGCGCGUGAAGCAAGUAGACAUAAGAUUUAUGCACAAGUGCUGUUGUGAGUGAGAGAAUGUAUGUGUCUAUGUAUGUGUGUAUGUAGGAACUGUACAUAUGUGUGUGUGUGUGUGUGUGUGUGUGUGUGUGUGUGUGUGUGUGUGUGUGUGUGUGUGUGUGUGUGUGUCCUUUAGUUGCGUCUCAUGUCAACCUUUCAUUCAGAUAUGUAAUUAUUUCCAACCUUGAUUUUAUUUGUCUGGGCUGUAUAAAGAUUUUAACACACAAACACUCACACACAUGCUGAUGCAGCCACACGCAUAAACACAAAGGCACAGAGUUAAUGUCUAUAUUUAUGAAUGUAUGUGCAAUAUUUGGACGUUGCGUGAUAAUGAAGCUUGUUUACACUGGCAUUAUUUUAUAGAGCUUAAUGUUUCCAUUGUCUAUGUAAUAGUUGGUAUAUUAGAAAUAAGUGAUGCUGAACAACAAAAGCAAUUGUUUGGAUUGAUUAACUGUAAAGCCUCCCCUUGGACAUUUUGAAGAGCAAGCAGAUGAACUUAUUAUUGUGUUGUCUGAUACAAUGACUUUAAAAUGUUAUCCUAACAACAGACGAGAUGUCCACAGCUGUAGCCAUGCUGUGCUCCUCCAGUUUUGUGUGUUUAUUUGGGUUGUUUUUCCAUGGUGUCAGUUGAUAGGAAAUACAAAUUGUUGAAAAGAUAACCAGUCCAUAUCAAAAACCCAUGUAGUAGACCGUCACACUUACUGUCAGGCAUUUUAAAAGUGUGAUUCAUGUUGUCAUUUGCUUAUUUGAUAUUAUCCUAUUGUGCACAGAAAGGCAGGACACAGCUGUCAGGGCAUCAACAGCACGCUGAAUAUUAAAUGUGUCAUGAUUGAGUUGUAUGGUUUUUUUGUGUGAAGUUUGAUCAGAAUAAAGUGAUGUUUGAUUACUUA